AUGGGCGUCGGGCCUGAGGACGAUGUGCAGAUGAUUCUGGACGAAGUCGGCUUUGAGGACAAGGAGCCGUCGUCCAAGAAGGCCCGCCAGAAAGGACGGCCCCGACCUCGGCGUCCCCGCGGCGGCGAGGGCGGCGAGAUGUCGCGCUUCACCGUGGAGCAGCUGCAGGAGGCGCUGUUCGCCCUGGGCUCUGGACCUUCCCCGACUGAAUACCUUCCAGUGGUCGAAGAGCAGGCUCAUAGAGACGCUGACCAUGCUCCAGGUGGACGCGCUCGACGUCUCGGAGAUCCUCGGGGCCGUGAGGCCAGAAGGUGGGCCGAAGCGAAGGAAAGGCCGCCGAUCAGGUAG